AUGUUCAAACUUGCCGGGAUCCUAUCAGCGGCGCUGCUGUGCGCCCUGGUUCGUGGGCAAGGGGACCCUGUUGCCGAGAAGAUGGACGUGUUCCGGUUGCCAGAAAAUACGAGUCCCGUUUCGUACGAUUUGUGGUUCGCUCCAAAUUUGAGUGACUGGACGGUCACGGGCGUUUCUAAAAUAACGGUAAAAGUGGAAAACAACAUCCAGUCAAUAACGUUAAACCUCAAAGAUCUAAACGUGACUGACGUGUCGGCUAUGGACAUAACAAGAUCGGACUUCAUCAGGAGCAUAAUAGUCAAAGACAAAGUGGAAUUAACUAAAAACGAACAGUUUGAAAUUCAAUUUGAUAAUACAGUGUUCAAGAAUAGAAUUUUACUCUUGACUAUUAAAUACAAGGCACAGAUUCGGGAUGACAUGACUGGUCUAUAUAAGAGCUCGUACAUUGAAGACGGAGUGACCAAGUGGUUGGCCGUGACGCAAUUUGAACCGACGUACGCGAGGAGAGCGUUCCCGUGCUUCGAUGAACCCAAAUACAAGGUCCCAUUCAACAUAUCGGUGGUGGUACAAAAGAAUUUGACAGCAUUGUCAAAUAUGCCGAUCCUGAAAACCGAGAUUGGUCCAGACAACAACACGGUUUACUUCAGUGAAACUCCGCCGAUGUCUACUUACUUGGCGGCUAUUUACGUGGGUGAAUUCGUGCCAGACAAAAAUAAUUCAAAAAUAACAGUUUACACACAUAAGGGAAUGAAAGAGCAAACUGAAUAUAUAGCAACCGAAGCCCCAAAACACCUCAAAGUACUGGAGGAAUACACGGCCAUCGAUUACAUGCUUCCCAAAAUGGAUCUGUUAGCGAUUCCCGAUUUCAAGGCCGGAGCGAUGGAAAAUUGGGGACUUAACACUUACCGAGAGAGCUGUCUGCUGCUGUCAAACGAUUCGAAAACAAAAAUGAAAAUCCGGGCGUCAGAAGUUGUGCAACACGAGUUCACCCAUCAAUGGUUCGGUAACCUGGUCACUUGCAAAUGGUGGGACUAUUUGUGGCUGAACGAGGGUUUCGCACGAUACUUCCAAUAUUUAGCCACCGGCAUGGUGAGGACCAGUUGGUCGAUGGAAGAACUGUUCGUAGUCGAAGCGUUUCAGAGUUCAUUAGCAUACGACCAGACACCCAGACAUCCAAUAACCGCGUCUGUAAACACUCCCGAAGAGAUCGAAAACGUAUUUGAUACCAUAUCGUAUAGUAAGGCGGCGUCGGUACUGAGAAUGUUGAAGUACUUGGUGACUGAAGAUCUAUUUAAAUUAUCCCUUCAACGUUAUUUGAUAGAUUUCAGUCAAAACGCAGCAGAGCCUGUAGAUCUGUUUACGUCAUUCGACAAUGUUUUAGCUGAUCAUGAAUAUGAAAUUGCAAAUGGUUUGUUAGUCAAUGAAUUCAUGUCAAAUUGGACGUUACAAUCGGGAUAUCCGGUUCUGAAUAUCACGAGAAAUGCAACUUCAAAUAAAUUUUUAGUGACUCAAAGCCAAUUUUACGUUAACAAGACCAGUGGAAUCAUUAACGAAACUGCGGCAUGGCAUAUUGGUCUCACGUACACAACCAAUUCGAGCAAAAAUUUCAGUUACGUUCAACCGUCCGUUUGGACUAACAAAACAUCGGCGUCGACCGUCAUACCAGCCCCCAGAGAUAUAGAUUGGUACAUAUUCAACAUACAAUCAAUCGGCUUGUACAGGGUAAACUACGAUGUCGACAACUGGAUGGCGCUGAUAAAACAGCUGAACCAAAUGCCCAACGAUAUACACGUACUCAAUCGCGCUCAGCUAAUAGACGACGCGUUCAAUUUGGCGAGGUCUGGUCAAUUAGACUAUUCAGUUGCGUUGCACUUGUCCAAAUAUCUGAAGAAUGAAAACAACACUACGCCGUGGUAUUCGGCGAUGAACGGUUUCGCGUACUUGUUAGAGCGCAUGCCCCGCAGUGACAAUGGAUACGCAGACUUUAAGUCUCACGUCAGUAGCUUGGCCGGGAACAUAUACAGUAUGUUAGAAAACCUCGUGUCGAAUAAUAAUACCGAGUAUAAAGUGCUGAGUGCUUGGGAAACGUUCUCCAAGUGGGCGUGCGGGUUGGAGAACAAAUACUGUACGAAGAAGGCACAGGAAUACUUCAACAAAUGGCAAGCAGGAGAGAAAAUACCUGCCGAUAUCAAGGACGCGGCGUUCUGUGUCGGAGUGAAGAACAGCAACGGUUCAUUGGUAUUUAACAACAUGUUUACGUUGUACAGAAACACAAAGUCAAUCUCGGAAAAAUCUUCCGCUGGGUUCGCUUUGGGAUGUUCUACUAACAGGACACAAUUAUCUGAGUUUAUAAAUCAUAUUCUAGACGGACCCGAAGGACCGAUCAAGGAAAACGACAUUAAAUCUGUCGUGUCUUCAAUAUCAACGACUCCGCUGGGCCUUGACGUGUUAUACGAAUUUCUGUCAACCAACAUAAACAAAACUUUGGAUCAGCUGUCCAGUGGCGAAGAAAUUGUUACAUAUAUUUAUUCCAUCCUUGCUUCCAAGAUAACAAACAAUACUGAGAUCGAAAAAAUAAAAAAUUUGAAAAACAAUUCAACACUUCGAAAUUCCAUAAAAUCGUCGUUUGAAGAAUCAUAUAAAAAGGUCGACCAUAAUUUAGCAUGGUUUGAUAGUUAUUCUGUUGGAAUUAACCAAUGGUCGGUGCAAUAUGGAGAGAAAGAAAAAGAAGAAAAGGAAACCUCCACAUCAAAACCCACGACGUUCGCUCCAGCUGGUACUACUAUUUCUCCUGUAACGGGUCAACAAUCAACUACUACUUCAAAACCUUCCAGUGCAACUUCGAAUACGUACAGCAGUCUCGUGAUUUUACAACUAACAGUAUUAACAAUAUUGAUCAAAACUUUAAUUUUGUAAAAUUGAAUGAUAAGAUUCUAAUUUACAAUUUACUUGUAUUAAUAUUGUAUUCCAAAUCAUAAUCGUUAUAUUUAUAAUGAUUAUAAUAACUUUUUAAAUAUGACGUCAUAAUGAACAUAUGUUCGGUCACUAAGAUUUUAUUCAAUAAAUGUGAUAGCCGAUAAAUAUUAACUUAUGAAGUCUUAAAA